UGAGGUUCUCACCUCCGCCCCCCGCCCGUCGCUCGCAUCCCCAGUUCCAUCAAAGCCAACCCGGGCCAGCGCAGGGAUCUCCGAGUUGCUAGUGUGCUGAGGCUGGGACUGUCACUCAUUCUCCGCUCAGCGCGUGAACGCAGCUCGGCAGUGGCUGGCAGGAAACAAUUCUGCAAAAAUAAUCAUACCCAGCCUGGCAAUUGUCUGCUCCUCGGUCCGUUGCUCCGCCGCCGUCCACAGUCGCUAGCAAGGGGAAGGCACAGAAUUUACCGCGGCCAGAACAUCCCUUCCAGCCUGCAGUUUACAAUGCUGCGAACUACGGAUCUCAUCUGGACUUUGUUUUUCCUGGGAACUGCAGUUUCCCUGCAAGUGGAUAUUGUUCCCAGCCAAGGAGAAAUCAGCGUUGGAGAGUCCAAAUUCUUCCUGUGCCAAGUGGCAGGAGAAGCCAAAGAUAAGGACAUCUCCUGGUUCUCCCCCAACGGGGAAAAGCUGAGCCCAAACCAGCAGCGGAUCUCGGUGGUGUGGAAUGACGACGACUCCUCUACACUCACCAUCUACAACGCCAAUAUCGACGAUGCCGGCAUCUACAAGUGUGUGGUCACGGGCGAGGAUGGCACCCAGUCUGAGGCCACUGUCAACGUGAAGAUCUUCCAGAAGCUCAUGUUCAAGAAUGCACCAACCCCACAGGAGUUCAAGGAAGGGGAAGAUGCGGUAAUUGUAUGUGAUGUGGUCAGCUCUCUGCCCCCAACCAUCAUCUGGAAACACAAAGGCCGCGACGUUAUCCUGAAAAAAGAUGUCCGAUUCAUAGUCCUGUCCAACAACUACCUGCAGAUCCGGGGCAUCAAGAAGACAGAUGAAGGCACUUACCGCUGUGAGGGCAGAAUCCUGGCCCGGGGGGAGAUCAACUUCAAGGACAUUCAGGUCAUUGUGAAUGUACCGCCCACCGUCCAGGCCAGACAAAGCAUCGUGAAUGCCACUGCCAACCUGGGCCAGUCUGUCACCCUGGUGUGUGAUGCUGAUGGCUUCCCAGAGCCUACCAUGAGCUGGACAAAGGAUGGAGAACCCAUAGAAAACGAGGAAGAGGAUGAUGACAAGCACAUCUUCAGCGAUGACAGUUCUGAGCUGACUAUCAGGAACGUGGACAAAAAUGACGAGGCUGAGUACGUCUGCAUUGCUGAGAACAAGGCUGGCGAGCAGGAUGCGUCCAUCCACCUCAAGGUCUUUGCAAAGCCCAAAAUCACCUAUGUAGAAAAUCAGACGGCCAUGGAAUUGGAAGAGCAAGUCACUCUUACCUGCGAAGCCUCAGGAGACCCCAUCCCCUCCAUCACCUGGAGAACUUCCACCCGAAACAUCAGCAGUGAAGAAAAGGCUUCGUGGACUCGACCAGAGAAGCAAGAGACUCUGGAUGGACACAUGGUGGUCCGCAGCCAUGCUCGUGUGUCCUCCCUGACCCUGAAGAGCAUCCAGUACACAGAUGCUGGAGAGUACAUCUGCACUGCCAGCAACACCAUUGGUCAGGACUCCCAGUCCAUGUACCUUGAAGUUCAAUAUGCCCCCAAGCUCCAGGGCCCUGUGGCUGUGUAUACUUGGGAAGGGAACCAGGUGAACAUCACCUGUGAGGUCUUUGCCUACCCAAGUGCCACAAUCUCCUGGUUCCGAGAUGGUCAGUUGCUGCCAAGCUCCAACUACAGCAAUAUCAAGAUCUACAACACCCCGUCUGCUAGCUACCUGGAGGUAACCCCUGACUCAGAAAAUGACUUUGGAAACUACAACUGUACGGCAGUGAACCGCAUUGGGCAGGAGUCCUUGGAAUUUAUCCUUGUUCAAGCAGACACACCGUCUUCUCCAUCCAUCGACCGGGUGGAGCCAUACUCCAGCACAGCGCAGGUGCAGUUUGACGAGCCAGAGGCCACGGGUGGCGUGCCCAUCCUCAAAUACAAGGCUGAGUGGAAGUCUCUGGGUGAAGAAGCAUGGCAUUUCAAGUGGUAUGAUGCCAAAGAAGCCAACAUGGAAGGCAUUGUCACAAUCAUGGGCCUGAAGCCUGAGACAAGGUAUGCGGUCCGACUGGCGGCCCUCAACGGCAAGGGCCUGGGCGAGAUCAGUGCAGCCACUGAGUUCAAGACACAGCCAGUCCAUAGCCCUCCUCCACUGGCUCCUGCUAACUCUUCCACCCUUGUUCCAUUGUCUUCACGAGCUAAAGGGGAACCCAGCGCACCCAAGCUGGAAGGGCAGAUGGGAGAGGAUGGGAACUCCAUCAAAGUGAACCUGAUCAAGCAGGAUGACGGAGGCUCCCCAAUCAGGCAUUAUCUGGUCAAGUACCGAGCGAAACUUGCCUCUGAGUGGAAACCCGAAAUCAGGCUCCCAUCCGGCAGUGACCACGUCAUGCUCAAGUCCCUGGACUGGAACGCCGAGUAUGAAGUAUCUGUGGUAGCUGAGAAUCAGCAAGGAAAAUCCAAGGCAGCUCAUUUUGUGUUCAAGACUUUAGCCCAGCCCACAGCCAUCCCAGCCACCUUGGGAGGAAGUUCUACCUCCUACACCUUGGUCUCAUUGCUUUUCUCUGUGGUGACUCUUCUUUUGCUCUGUUAGGAACUUGAAAACACACACACGCACACACACACGCACACACAUAUGCACACACACACAAAUUAUAAUUGCUUAAAAAGCCAAGUUCCUAUGAAAAAUGAUCAGUUGUUCCCCUUUGAAAGAUCCUGUCGGGCCUGUGGUUGCCCGGCCACAGCUACUGAGCAAGUGUUCUGUGUGAGCAAGGAAGGUCUUGGUGAUUGGAAUCAGAUUUACCUCCUGAGAUUUUGUUGUGCGGUGAAACUAUUCUGUCACUUUGUAUGGGGUCUUCCCCCUUCCUAAGAGCAGCAAAGAGCAAGAGAGAGAAAGAGAGAGAGAAAUUGAGAGAUUUGAGAGGUAUUUCUUUCAGUACUAUUUUUCAAAGACAGCAUUAAGCAAGGUUUACGGGGAGGUUUCCGCUAUCUGUUACUUGUGUUUUCUGUUGUCCAUAAAUACAGCAGAGGAAGAAUUCUAGACUUCUAAAGCUUGCCUCAGAUUGCUAAAGUCACCACAUGUGCCCUUCACUCUAACACUGCGCCCUGCCCUCCACCUUUCAAUAGGUAGUUAGCUUCGCCGGCGGUUAAGUAUUUAAGUACUCAUGUUGUACUUAGGUAUUUAAGUCCCAAGUAUUUAAGUACCCAUGUGGUGACUCACCUGAGCGCUCUGCUGACAUGUAGGCAGAUUAAAUCCCUAUCCUGUAGCCCGUGCAAUGGGAAAAGUAGAAAUUGUCUAUUGUCCUGGAGCUGAUGAGCAUUCUGGAAGGUGCUGAAAUGCUGGUAUUAGCCCAACAUCUUCUGCUGUCUCUGUGAAAAAGGCCAAACUGUGAUGUGCCCAAUAGGAAUGGGCUUUGGGAUCUGACUCCCAAUAGAGCUCAUUCUUCCUCUGCACAGGAGGAUGCUUCAGAUGAGCACGAAACCUCCAGGGUCUGGGGUCUGUGGUCCAGCCAUGACCUACAUCACCACCAUAAGUGCAGUAUAGCAGGCAGGUUGGAAGUAUCCUCUGUGAGUCAGUCACCCUGCCCACCUUCCCCCUACAUGCUCCAAAGAGCACAAGGUAAGGGAUUGAGGGGGCAUUCACUACCCUCUCCCACAGUGUUAGUGCAUUUGGGCAGUCUGCCUGUCCGCACUUCCAGAAUGAUCCAGCUUCCCUAAUGGUCUCCACGAUAUUUUUAAAAUUAUUAUGAAGAGCCAGGAAAUUCCUGUCUGCUGUUGUGCAGUUCAUGCAGAAGAGGAAAUGGGUGUGUCACGUCGGAUGCAUGAGACCCAAGGCUGCAUAUCAAGCCCUAGUAUCAGCGUGUGAACUUUGGGACGGACCUCCUAAGGAAUACAAACUCCCUCCCCUCUCUCGGCACCUGCCAUUCUACCUGUCUCAUCUCUGAACAUCUACACGGACGUUUAAUUUAUGUUCUCUUUGGUUCUUUACCAAUUUCAUUUCUGUUGUUACUUUUUAAUGCUCAAAGACUAGCAUUUCCCUUUGGGAAUCCAAAUGACCUUGAGUUGUGGUCUGCAGGCAAAGCCGACUCUGUUGCCACCUGCCAGUAUCCCCCAGUGUUCAGCAUAGAUAGAGGCUUCACAGUGCUCAGCAGCUAAAACUGACAGUGCCUCUCGCUUAGCUCUGGACCCUUGGCAUCUACCCACCAGCUCAGUGAAACAAGAUGACUCUUGGGCACCGGGCAGUGCAGCAGAGAAAAGAACAUGGGGCUUUGGGGCCUGAUAUGAAAAUCAUAGAUCAGUUAAGGAGAGCUUUAGGGAGGGCAAGAGAGGUCCUACUUGGGUCCUCUUCUGAUGGCCCUGGAGAGAUGUCACAUGCAUUCACUCUAGGAGAGCUCGGAGUCUGCCUCUGCCUCAUCACUGACCCACUCAUAGGAGAGGGACAGUGUCAAUAUUUCUAAGGGGACUUUGGGAGAUCGACGCUAAAUUUCCAGAGCCCAAGCAUGGUCCCAUACUCUUAGCAAACACAGGGCCCAGCUGGAAAAUGUUUGGGCUUAUUCCAGUCCCUUUGUAAUGGUAUACUCUUCUGGAGACAGCUUUAGUGUGCACUAGCCCCAGACAGACACUUGGUGCCUCCAUGAAGGCUAGGGCUCCUAGUCCAGCCAGGAGUCCUUAAGAGAGCAGCCCCCAGGUAGCCCCAAGGGAGUGAGCUCACCCCGCCCCCUCUGCACUGUGAAUCAGUACAGACCAUAUACCAUCUGCCAUGAGGGUUCUCUUCUCAUUUUUAGAAUAUUUAUACAGCAGGUUCAGAUCAUGUUUUUCUACUAAUAAGAAUGCUAACGUUGUUGUGUAGAUAAUCAGCAAGACUUUAUGAAGUUUACACCUUUGCAUAAUUAAAGGAUAUAACAGUUCAUGUAAACUCAA